AUUAUUGGGUAGCACGGAGGAAGUAUCUUCAUUAGCUGUACUCCAGUGUCAGCAGAGCCAUCACAUAUACGGCAUCCUUCUUGUCCAAACACAACUAACAAUAUUUCGUGUGGGAAAAUAAUUGAAAUCGGAUGAAAUUAGAACACGACGGAUUGAAUUUCUGGCUUCUACUUAAAACUGUGUGGUAGCUAGAGAGUUGGCGGUGAAAAAGAUAGGAAAUUUGCAGAGAGAGCCGACCAAUCAGUGCAUAAUUAUAAUACGACUACACCACGGAUUGGUUCACGGUGGAAAUUAUUGAGGAGAGGUGGGUCCUUGCUCCAAGAUCUCUUGCUAUAAACCUGAAGAUGGAUCCUCCCCGAGCCUCAAGAUAAGUAGUGUUGGGAAAUCCUGCAAUCAUAGUGAGUUAGGAGAUGAGUAUCCCACAUAUUUUAUUUGUUCCUUAUCCAGCACAAGGUCAUGUAAUGCCCAUGAUGGAGCUUGCACAAAAAAUUGCAGAGCAUGGCCUCAGAGUCACAUUUGUGAAUUCCGACUUUGUGCACAACCAGAUUAUGAGUACAUUGUCGAAGAAGAAUGACUUUGGAGACGGGAUACAUCUGGUUUCGAUAUCAGAUGGACUGGAACCAGGGGAAGACAGGAAAGACCUUGGAAAGUUAACGGCAGCUAUGCACAAAUUCAUGCCAGGGAAGCUGCAGGAGGUCAUUGAAAAAAUUAAUAGAGCGGAGGAUGAUGGAAAAAUCUCGUGUGUCGUUGCUGAUAUAAGUAUUGGAUGUGCAUUUGAAAUUGCAGAUAAGCUCAAGAUAAAGGCAGUAGCCUUCUGCCCUGCAGCUGCUGCACAGAUGGCCGUGUUUUUUAGUCUUCCAAAGUUACUUGAAGAUGGGAUUAUAGAAAAUGACGGGAACGUCACAAAGAAGCAGAUGAUCCAUCUAUCACCGACAAUGCCUCCCUUAAACACGGAAACAUUUGUAUGGGCCUGUUUCAGUGACUUGGCUACCAGGAAAGCUAUGUUUGAGCUUUUUGCUAUUGGCAGCAAAUAUAUGAAGCUUGCAAAAUGGAUAUUGUGCAAUUCUGCCUACGAGCUGGAAUCAGCAGCAUUUACAUCAUUUCCAGAGAUGUUGCCAAUAGGUCCACUUUCAGCAAGCAACAAGCUGGGAGACAAGCAAGGCAGCUUCUGGCCAGAAGACUCAGCCUGUCUGUCAUGGCUUGAUCAGCAGCCUGCAUGCUCUGUCAUCUACAUUGCGCAUGGGAGCUUCACAAUUUUUGAUCAAAUACAAUUCCAGGAAUUGGCUCUAGGCCUCGAGCUCACUAACAGGCCUUUCUUGUGGGUUGUACGUCCGGAUAUGACUGAUGAAACCUCAGACAUUUACCCGAAAGGAUUUAAAGAGCGAAUUGGAAGUCGUGGAAAAAUGGUUAGCUGGACACCUCAAGUAAAAGUUCUGCGACAUCCUUCAAUUGCCUGCUUCUUAAGUCAUUGCGGAUGGAAUUCUACUGUCGAAGGUGUAAGCAAUGGAGUGCCAUUCUUGUGCUGGCCUUACUUUGCGGACCAGUUCUUUAAUCAGACGUAUAUUUGUGAUGUUUGGAAGGUCGGGUUGAGAUGUGACAAAAAUGAAAAUGGCAUCAUCAGCAAAGAUGAAGUCAAGAGCAAGGUAGAGCAACUACUUGGCGACAACAAUUUCAAAGAAAGAGCUAUGAAUCUUAAAGAAAAGGUUGUCAAUGCUGUUUCAAGAGAUGGCUGCUCUAACAAGAACUUGAGCAAUUUUAUUGAAUAUUUAAAGUGAAUGCAACUACUUUGAAGUGAAUGCAACUACUUUGUUCUCUUUCGGUAAUUACGAAAUGAAAGUUUUUUGCCUCGGUUUAUUUA